AUGGGCGAUUUGAGUAGGUUUGGUAAUGAGGAUCUUACGUGUGGAAAGCGAGCCCGCGAGGACACCAUUGCCGCCGCCUUGACGGCUGAGAAUAGUCACACCGGUGUGGCAGAAGGGGAAGGAAAGAAGAACGAAAUACGAAAUUCGCUACAAAUGGCAACGCCAAAAGAUCCCUCGGCGUAUUAUUUGAAUGUGCGGCAGGUGGUAUUUUGUGUCCUGCAAGAGCAUGCCAGCGAGGCGGCGUUGCUGACAAGAGAGAAGUUGGUCUCUUCUCUGUGUGACGCAUGCGACGCUGUGGCGCAUCAGGAGCCCUUUGAGGCUCCGUUGGAUAUUGAAAUGCUGAGAAAAAGCGUACAGAAGUGUUUGCAGGGGGCUAAUUGGGUGGAGUUGGAUCAUACACGUCUCGAUGUUAUUGCAGAAAACCUCACAUCACGCUUGGCGAAGGUUGUGCCAAAGCUGCCACUGCCGAUAUUGGCGGAGGAGGAGGAGGCGCAGGCGAAUAGUAGUCGCCCCGCGAAGAGGCCACGUAAAGGAAUGUCGUUGAAUGCCGUUUUGCAGACGUACCGUUUUGGUGGCGACGAACCUCAAGAAAACCAUGUGAAGAAGUGGCGUGGCGGCAUUUUUCCGACACCGCCAUCACUUCCCAGCGUUUUUCCGGAGAGUGCCGUGUGCUGUGUGAACUGUGUGACGUUUGAGAACUACCAACGAAGUACUACGAACCAGAGGGAAUGA